CUGCCCAUCCCGGCACGGGUCGCUCAAGUGACACAGGUGACAGCAUGUCCUCGCCUCACGGUCCGGCCUGUCCGUGCCACCGCCCGCAUUGUCCAGCCGAACCACUGGUGAUAGCAGCGCUCCAUUCGCCCUCACCCGCCAAACAACAAAAACACAUAGAUAACAAAACACCGAUGGCAUAGAUAGCAAAAACCUUCACAAAACCUACAUUAUAAAAUAUUGUAAUAUAAUGCAGCAAAUAAAAGCAGUAGACACGAGGUAUCAGUGGAAAACACCUUGAAUUUCACUAUAUUUUAUGUAUUUUUAAAAUACAUUGUAUAAUAUAUAGCAGAAUGGCAACAACAUCACAAUCCAAAGUUAUCAUUCAACCUAAAAAACAAUUUAUUUUUUCAUGGCAAAUUGAAUAUUUACCUAGUAAUCAUUACUGUUCAUGUUACUAUUACUACUCCUUAUGUUGCUAUUUAUGUUAUUAUACUAUAUGUUGGGCAUAGCUUAACAUGGAUUUGCUAUUAAUCACUCAGGAGGACCCAGACUAGUGCUGUGCUACCUCUGUUCUUUCAAGAUUCCUCUGAGUGUAGAAGUGUGAAGAAGAAGGGUAUGUGUUGCUUUUGUCUGUGUAUAUCUCCAGGUGUGGUGACAGGUGACAGACUUCUAAGCUUCCAAAGUUGAAAAGAGAGUGACUGGAUGCUUUACUUCACAACACACUGAGAUCAGAUGGUUCUGAAAAGCAAAACAGGCUGCAGUGUGACUGGGGAGGAAACCUGGCAUCCAAACUUGGACACCAAUCUUUUUACCCUUUGUGGAGAGCUACAGCUGGAAUGUUGUGACUGCAUGACAGUAAUACUGCUGUGAAAUAUUUAUAUUUGGGUGACAUGAUUCUGCUGAAGCUUUUCUGUCAGGCAAAAGGCCAUAUAAAUCACAGGAAAGGGACACAAAAAGAGAUAAAAUUGUAAAGCAUUUGUAAAGUAAUGAAAUUUUAAACUCAUGGCUCAGGUGAGGUGAUAGCUCUGUAGAUCCUAAGCAAAUUAACUUCUCUUCAAGGAAAAGAUUUAUGAGAUGGUGUGACAUCUUCCUGUAGUAAAAGCAUCCAGAGUGUGGCAGAGACACACUUUUUGGAAUCUCAACAGCCCAAGGGCUGAGUAAACCUUGUUGGUAUCCUUAUUUUGGCUGGAAAGUUUAAUACACCCAAGCCCAGCCCUGGGGCUUGUCGUGGCUCUGUGUGUUAGAAGCAAUCCGUGAGAGAGCAGAGCCCUGUUGUUUAAGCUGUUGUUAAGACAGGGGAAGGGCUUUAGGGAGCACUCACACAAGUGCUCAGCCACCAUCUGUAGGACUGGCAGUAAUCACAGCCCAGAGGAGUGGAGACUCAGAGGAAUUAUUUUAGUUAUUUCAGUUGCCCCAGGUUCAGCCAGAUGGGAUUGUGAAGUUGCUUGUUCAGUGCUAAACCUCUUGUGCAUGUAAAUGAGUUAAAGAUUCAGAUUACUUCUUUGGAGUGUUUCUGAUCACCAGGAAAUGAAACAUGGUACAGAAACAAGACCUCUCCAAGCAUGUUUGCAAAAUGCAACAUUUUGUAGAGGCUCAUUACCUGUUUUUUUUUUUAUUGGUGUGUUUGGCAUUUUAAAAAGGCAGUUUUUCUAAUGCAUAGCAAUUCCAUCUCGUGAUCUGAAACUCUCCAACUUUUUCCAUCACUAGUAAUGAUGAAUUCUAAUUACAUCUUAGUUGACAACUUUAUUAAGGAGCAGCUGACUAGAGCCCAUUCCUGCCCUAAAUAGGCAUUGUGGCUUGGAAGGGGUGACAAGAAGUAGAAAAGAGAGUUUUGUCAGUGAAGUGCAGCACAGCUUGUUUAUUUUCAGUAUGUUCCUUAACUGUGAGAGGUUUCCCACUCCUGAACUCCCUCCUCCUGCUACUGCUUUAUCUCUUCACAUGUGCUUUGGUGUUGCAGUUGCAAAGCUGAGCUGCACAGGGCAAGGAGGCCCCUCCAUUCUUGGCAUGCACUUCCAAAUCACCCCCAAAAGUACCAAAUGUUUUCCUCCACAUGCAGAAUAGCAAGGAUAGCUUGUCAUACAUCACUUUUCAAAACUGUUUACAUAAAUACAGUAUCUUUAAUCCAUCUGAUUACAGAGAGGCCAAAGUUUUAUUCUGUUUUCAUCACACUUUAAAUAAAUUUUCCCUUGAAGGCAUGUAUGUACGGACACACUGACUAGUUAAAGCUCAAGGAAACAGGAAUAUGUAGUUGAGCUUAGCAGCAUUGAACAGCUAAGUUACUCCUGUACCCUUAGAAGUGUUACUAUUACAUGUUAAGUCCUUUUGGUUGAGCAAACAAUUCUUCUGCCUACCAUGGGCACCAAGGUUAUAAUUUUGCUCUCCUACAUAAUGCUUUUUGCAUUUGCUCAUUGUUAGGUACAAAAGAGUUGGUGUUUAGGGAAAAAAAGCAGUGUUGAGGAUUGUUAUUAGCUGCUUUUCAUCCUGGAAUUCAAGCAAAGAGAUAUUUUCAGUUAACUUGCCAUAGACUUUCUUUUUUUAGGUACAAAACUACAUUAAAUAGAAUAUAAAUAAAAAUAAGACUGUGAUUAGUUUAGAAUUGAUCUUUUUUUCCUGCUGAGCUUUAGAGAAGUCUCUUCAUGCAUGAGUCUGUCAGUCUUUAUUUGCUUUGGAAAAAUUCAGGGAGCUGUAGGUCACAAAGAUUGAAGGGCACUAAGAGUGUUUUGGAAUUAUUUUUUUUUAAUGCAAGUUCCCAGAGAGCAAAUACAAUUAAAAAGUCAGUAACUGAACUUAGGGCUAUCAACAUAUAGCACCAGUAAUCUCUCCUGCACCCUCUUUCAACUCCACUCAUAUUCAAGAGUUAAUUCCUUAAUGAUACUAGUGACACUGUGGUGACAAACAUAGAAUUCUCAUAUGAGAAUAAUUCUGAAUAAAAAGGCAUUUCUAUAGUCUUCCUGAAGUGUUGCACAACCAGUGACUGUGUCAGUCCUUGUUCUAAAUCUUUCCCUAACUUGAGAAGUCAAAAGGUUACAUGGGGAGCCCAUAUUGCAGAGUGUCCCAGCCUUUCAGACUCAAUAAUUCUUCAUUUUUUCAAAGAAAAGCUAACUAAUGCAAAUUAGAUAGAUUUUUUUGAUUUAUUUUUGUUACUAUGAAAGCAUUUUUAAACUUACUUAUCUGCAUUAUGUGGGAGGAAUGCCAAUCUGAAUUGCACUCAACAUUUUUGUAAGUGUUCAAAAAAGCUGCACUGUAGGAGAAAUAUUUGCCUAUUUCAUAUGUGGAGCUAGAAUACAGUGAAUUCUGAAUCCAUUAGGAGAGGCAUUUUCAUGAUAGAUGCAGAAGUAUUGUCUGGUGUAAUUCUCUUGGCAAUUAUCUAUUUCAGUGUUGAUAAAAUAAGUCCUAUUUCUGCUUGACUGCUUAAUACAGUCUUCCAGUAAUUUUAGGAAAUGCUACUUUUAAAUACAUCUCCCAUCACUGAAUGGGGGAGGAACUGCAAAUUUGUGAGCAGCUUUAAACUUUUCUCAAAGAUGUUUUGAUAUAUGGUGAAAUAAUCUAUUAAUGAACGUUAAUUAUAAAGGGAAACCAAGCAAGGAGAUCACUGGAACUACGUAUGAAGCUUAAAUGCUUUUGAACAGGACACAGUUGUUCAAAGCACCAGUGUAGACGGAUUUAAGGUUUAGAAACAACAUGCACGUGGUCAUCCAGGAACUUAAAAGCACCACACUGCUGAGAGCCUCAGUUACCAUCCACGCUUAAUUGUAAAUUUAAGUUCCUGGCAUGAUAUUUUUCUCAAGCUCCCCCACCCCACCUGUCUGGGUUUAUUUUCCCUGCAGAUUCCUGGCAUUCACCAUGGUGGCUGUGUGCUGGAAGCUGCCCAUCUGCUUUCUCCUGUGCCAGGCGGUGUCAGGAGGAGCGGGGCGGGACGGGCACUACGUGGCGGCCGUGUACGAGCACGAGUCCAUCCUGAGCCCGGCCCCGGCGGCGCGGGUGGAGCGCCGCGCCGCGCUGCAGCUCAUGGGCCGCAACCUCGACAUCUAUGAGCAGCAGGUGCUGGCUGCUGCCAGGCAGGGGGCACAGAUCAUUGUUUUUCCUGAAGAUGGAAUCCAUGGCUUCAACUUCACCAGAAGCUCCAUUUACCCUUACCUGGAUUUCAUUCCGUAUUCACACCCUGGGAAGUGGAAUCCCUGCAGAGAGCCCUAUUUGUACAAUGACACAGAGGUCGUUCAGCGGCUGAGCUGCAUGGCCCUGCAGAACAAGAUCUUCCUGGUGGCCAACCUGGGCACCAAGCAGCCGUGCGAGCGCCGGGAGCCGCGGUGCCCGCCCGACGGGCGCUUCCAGUUCAACACCAACGUGGCGCUGGGCGCGGACGGCGCGCUGCUGGCCACCUACCGCAAGCACAACCUGUACUUCGAGAGCGCCUUCGACACCCCUGCCCAGCCAGACCACGCACUCUUUGACACCCCUUUUGCUGGCACGUUUGGCAUGUUCACGUGCUUUGAUAUACUCUUCUAUGAGCCUGCAGUGAGCCUCAUCAGACAGUACAAUUUGAAGCAAAUUGUUUACCCAACUGCCUGGAUGAACCAGCUCCCGCUCCUGUCUGCUGUAGAGUUCCAACAAGCUUUUUCAACAGCUUUCAAUGUCAAUAUUUUAGCAGCCAACAUCCACCACCCUACCUUGGGCAUGACAGGGAGUGGCAUAUACACUCCAGUCAAAUCAUUCAUCUAUCACAACAUGGAAAGUUAUGGUGGCAAGCUCAUAGUAGCAGAAAUUCCUGUGACUACUGCAGAUUAUAAAACCAAUUUAGAGAGUAAUGAAAGAUUUAGAGAGAACUUACAUGGCUCAUGCAGGACUUCUACAAGCACCUCACUGGAUGAUGAAGUUUGCUUUAAGGAGCAAGAAGAGACUGCUGGUGGAGUAUCUGAAAAAGGAGAAGGAAAGGAACAGUCACCUCCUUCCUUUUAUGCAGAAAUGAUGUAUGACAACUUCACUUUUGUUCCGUUAUGGGGGGAAAAGGGAGAGCUCCAGGUUUGUGCCAAUAGCCUUUGUUGUUACUUAAACUAUCAGAAAGCUGUUCUAACUGAUGAAUUAUAUGCUUUGGGAGUUUUUGAUGGGCUCCACACAGUGCAUGGCACAUACUAUGUCCAGGCCUGUGCCUUGGUGAAGUGUGGUGGGCUCAGCUUUAGCACUUGUGGACAGGAGGUCACGGAUGCCACUGCUCUGAUAGAUUUCCAGCUAUGGGGAAAUAUGAGCACCCCUUACAUCUUUCCUUUGCUGCUGACAUCUGGUAUUACCUUGGACUUUGCUGAUCACAUGGGCUGGAAGAACAACCACUAUUUCCUCAGCAAAAAUAGAACAUCUGCUGGCCUCCUGACAGCUGCUCUCUAUGGACGAUGGUAUGAAAAGGACUAGCACAGAUACUAGACUGAGUCAGAAAACGACAGCCCAUAUGUUCAGAGUCUGUAUCUUAACAGAAAUUGUUAAAUAUCCAUAUUUGCUAGAGGUUCAGGUGUGUUUGUCCCAUCACUGCCUGAUUAGGUCCCACAUUUGGAAUAAUGGCUGUGAAUAAAGUCUGUACCCUGGUAACUUAUGUCCUACCAGGAGUGAAAGAACUGCCUUGCAAAGAUAAAGGCUUGCUGUGAUCUGGUGAGCUGAUUGAUACCAGAAAAUAACACUUCUCAUUUCAACUGAAUCUGUUCCUUUUAAUUUAAUCCUUUGAUUUUUGGGGGUCCUGGCUGGGAGUAUGGAAAUUAUUAGAAUGGAAAACUACUGCAAUGAAAAAACAAACAAAAGAAAGGGAAGGAAAACACAAAUAUUGUGCUUAACAUGGACAAGAUCAUGUAGGUAUAGAUACAUGUAGCUUUUAUGUGCUGAGGUUCUGAUCUCUGGUUAGGAUGUCAUGAUUGGUUUUUUUCUUAAGAGUCAAAAACUUCCAGCUGAAAUCAUUACCAUGGACUGGCCACUCAUCUGUAAUCCUGUUACACAUUUAACUGAAUGUUACAGUUGUAAACAUCUACAGAAUAGCUAAUCUGGGGAACAGGAUAUCAGUGACUGUGAAAACCUAGACUGCAGCAAGACACCAUUCACAAGAAAUUAUGUUCAAAGAAAACAUCAGCAUUAAAUGUCAGUGGCCAUGUUAUGUACUGUUUGAGUACUUUAACUUCCCUGUUUAAAAGAGCAGUCAUUUUAAGACUGUUUUGACUUUAAGACAUCUUACACACUGUUCAUUAAUUUAUUUAAGGGGAGUUAUGAAAAGCACAUAAUAAGCUGUGGGACAGCAAGGAUUUUGCAUCAGUGCUUCAUGUGCCAGAUGGCAGGUUUGUGCUGCUGAGUAAAACACACCAUUUUUUUCCAGAGCAAUAACUAGAUUAAGUGCUAUAGCUGUUCUACUGCAGUGCAGAAGCUGGGAAGAGAAUAUUCAAAGGUUAUUAAUUUGGGGUUACAUUCAGACGAGUUAAUGUAUUCUCAAGCAUUAUAAUUUUAUGGGGUCUUAUUGGUUAUUAUGACUUCAUCUGGGUAAUGGCUGUGAGUAAUGGAAUAAACACAACUGUUCCUUUGGUGA